GUUGGGUUUUGUUCUGCGCUUGCGCUGAUGUUGCCAAUGAGUGGAACGCUGAAAGUAUCGAGUUGGAGUUGGAUACUUGUCGGAAUCACUGAGAAAGUGGGAUCGGUUCGCACAGCACAUUUCCCUCGAUUCAGGGCUAUUCAUGACCGUCUUGUAAUUUGUCCCCGACGGGUAUUUCUUACUGUGGCACUUAGAAAAAGGACAAUUAUCACCCCCAGUCCUCCUACCUGGUGUGGGGUCAUGCCUUUAGAGACCAAACAUCGAAUUUUGUUACUUUAUGCCUCACAAAGUGGACAAGCGAAAGCAAUUGCUGAGGAAAUUGCUGAGACAGCAGAUGGAAAAGGAUUUGUAGCUGAUAUAUAUUGUGUGAGCCAAAUGGAACAGUUCAACCUAGAGAAGGAACGUGCUCCAGUUGUUAUAAUCUCCUCUACCACUGGUGUUGGAGAAGUACCAGACACAGCAAGGAAAUUUGCACAAGAGCUUAACAGUGAUUUGCCAGCUAACUUCUAUUCGCACAUGAAAUAUGCAGUGUUAGCUCUUGGCGAUUCUAACUACAGUCAUUUUGCCAAUGGUGGAAAGAUAAUUGAUAAAUGCCUUCAGCAGCUUGGUGCACAACAUUUCUAUGCAACUGGAUAUGCAGAUGAUGGUGUUGGGUUGGAGUUAGUGGUCGAACCUUGGAUUGAAGGUCUUUGGGAUGCAUUGAACGAAUUAUGCAAGGGGCAAAAAGAGGAAAUUAACAGUAUAGAAAACAUAUUGGCUAUGAAUGAUGUUUCAACCGCAGACAGGAGUUCUGAGUUGGCAGAUAUUGAAUUGUUGAAGUUAGAAGCAAAUGUCCCACCAACAGCUAAAGAUUCAGUUAUUUCAUCUGUGGGUGUUGAACAAAAUCCUAUAGUAGCAGGAUUUCAGGAAUGUUGUCAAGUGCCAACCUGGGUACAAUCUGAAAAGCCCUUGUCAGAAAGUGCUCUGAAUAUCCCUUCACUGCCAGUGGAGUAUCUGAAUGUAGAGUUUCAGGAAAGCACAGAACAGGUCUACCAACAAGAAUGCUUCUCAUUGGCACCAGGUGUCACUCUGUUUCAGGUUCCAGUGACUAAAGCAAUUUCUCUAACCCGGGAGGAUGCAGUGAAAACUGCCUUAUUCUUGGAGCUUGAUAUUUCAAAAACCUCAAUGAUGUAUGAACCUGGAGAUGCUUUCAGCGUUAUAUGUCCUAAUAAUAAGAGUGAGGUGGAAGAACUAAUUCAGAGGCUUGGACUUGCAAACAAGAAAGACCAUGUGGUUGAAAUAAGUAUUAUACCAAACAAUAAGAAAAAAGGUGCUCACCUGCCUGAAUACAUACCAAAGAAAAGCACACUGCAAUUCAUUCUGACUUGGUGCCUCGAGAUACGAUCAGUUCCCAAAAAGGCAUGUUUGCGAGCUUUAGCUGAACACACCUCUGAUUCUUUUGAGAAACGGAGACUACAAGAGCUGAGUAGCAGACAGGGUGCUGCGGACUACACCCGGUAUAUGAGAGACCAUAAUAUUUGCCUGCUUGAUAUUCUUCGCGCCCUUCCAUCAUGUCAUCCACCGCUUAGCCUACUAUUAGAACAUUUACCAAAACUGCAAGUUAGAUCCUAUUCAGCAGCCAGUUCACCCAAGUAUCAUCCUGGUAAACUUCAUUUUGUUUUCAAUAUUGUGGAGUUCCCGUCCUGCCCGGAGAAGCCUGUAGAUCGAAGAGGAGUAUGUACAGGUUGGCUGGCACAGCAAGUUACACCAAUGCUUCAAAACUGUGAGAACGAAACUAUAAUUGGUGACUGUUUGUCGAAUGGCUUUGAAUUGCCACAGGCAUCUAUCUUCAGUCGGCAAAACCCAUUUUUCCAUCUACCUGCUGUUACGGCAGCUCCUAUUAUCAUGGUGGGUCCUGGAACUGGGGUUGCUCCCUUCAUAGGUUUUCUGCAACACAGACAAAAACAAAAAGAAGAAAAUCCUGACUCUGUUUUUGGUGAAACUUGGCUAUUUUAUGGCUGCCGACAUCAUGAUCGAGAUUAUCUGUUUCGAAAUGAGUUAAAGGGCUUUCAAGAUAAUGGCACAUUAACACAGUUGAAAGUCUGUUUCUCAAGAGAUCUACCCAAGGAUACAACAGCAGGAAAUCCAAAAUAUGUUCAACAUCUGCUUCAUCUCUUUGCUGAAGAUGUCACAAAAAUGUUGCUGGAUGAAAAAGGUUAUUUCUAUGUAUGUGGAGAUGGCAAGAAUAUGGCUAAAGAUGUGGCCAGUUCUCUAACUCAGAUUGUAUCAGAAAAGCUGGGCGUGGAUACUUUGGUUGCCAUGAAAAUUUUGGCCGACUUGCGUGAAGAGAAACGUUACCUACAGGAUGUCUGGAGUUAACUGCAACUGGAGGGGAAAAUAUAAGUUGAAAACAACACUUUCCACAGAAAUUGCUUAACAGUUUUAAAUGCUAAUUAUUUGAAGGAAUGUUAGAAAAAGACCUCUCAUUGCCAAAGUGCUUGUGGAAUUUGUUUUUGAAUAGUUGGCACUAACCCUUGUCAAAGAUAGUGAGGCAAUGCUCUUUAUUUUGAAGGACAUUGCUCUGAUGUUAUUGUGAAACAAAUUACUGGAAGUGGUCUCAACACCACCUCACAUAAUCUGCUUUUAAAAGUUAUGAUGUUAUUAAGUAUCAGUGGGAAUUUCUGCUGUGUGAUCUUUGAGCUUUUGGAUGAAAUCUAAAAAACAUUGUGUUUUAACAUAAUGUAAUUUUUUUACAAAAGUGUAAUUUUUAAAUUAUGCCUUUUAAAAUGUCCUCUUAUUAAGUUUGAGCUAUACACAUAUGGUUGAAGAUUCCAUAGAAGUCCAGUUAGAUCAAGUGUUAGAUUAUUGCUGAGAUUUGCUCUAAAUGUCAGCAUUUUGAGCACAUGUACAUCUUGUUAUGCAAAUCACACCAUGUUUAUAAGUUCUUAGGCUUAGCUAUGAAACACUGCAUUUUGUCACCUUGUUUGCUGGCAUUAUUUGUUGUGCUGGUCUUUUUAACUUUUAUUUAUAUUAAUUAUAUAAGAAUAUGUUGUGGAAAUUUAUCUCUAUGCCAGUAGGUACAGCACUAUCAUUUGUGAUCACUGGAACUGUAGCCUUUUGACCCUGAGCAAAGACCCUUCGUUUUGUGUCUGAAUUCGGGACCCUGAGUCAGAACUCCGCCUUUCCUCACUCUAAAUCUUGUCAACACCCUCCAAUCAUCCUUUCUGAAGUGUCUGUCACUUUCUAAGAGCUGCUCACUUGAGACACCUUUCCAGUUGGAAUUUGGUCUGCACUUUAUGGCUGCCAUAUUGGCCUGAGGGAUUGCCACUAUGCUGUUAUUUCUAGACCCGAGAACAGCACUGGAGAGUGGGUCUGCUUUGUAGUCUUGCAGCCAAGAAUAUGAUAUGGUGUCAGUACAUGUUCAUGAAUGUUAUUGAGCUAAAGUAUUGGUACUACGUAAAUUACAGUUUGAGUUAAUUUGAUUCUUCAGAAUUUUUCCAGACAUUUUUGCCUCAUUUCCUGCAGCAUAAUAACAUUUUCUGUCUUUGGUAUAAUAAAUUAUGUUGUCAAAAAAACAUACAAGUCAGAGUUUUUUGAAAUAUGAGCACACUUUAUAUUUUAAGAAAACUUGAGAUUAUUUAUAGUGUAAAGAUAAUGGCAGAAUUGUAAAAAUAAACAAAUGAGACUCUCGAAUAAAA